AUGGCGUGCUACCUGGUCAUCAGCUCCCGGCACCUCAGCAACGGGCACUACCGCGGCAUCAAAGGCGUCUUCAGGGGACCGCUCUGCAAGAAGGGCGCUCGCUCGCCGGACUAUGCUGAGAAGGAGAAAGCUGCAGCCAAGGCUCUGGAAGAUGUGAAGGCUAACUUCUACUGUGAACUAUGUGACAAGCAGUACCACAAACACCAGGAAUUUGACAACCACAUCAAUUCUUAUGACCAUGCUCACAAGCAGAGAUUGAAAGAUUUGAAACAAAGAGAAUUUGCUCGAAAUGUGGCUUCAAAGUCAUGGAAAGAUGAGAAGAAACAGGAAAAGGCACUCAAGCGACUCCACCAGCUUGCAGAGUUACGGAAGCAGUCAGAAUGCAUCACUGGGAGUGGACCAUUGCUUAAAGCCCCCCGAUUGGUCAUGGAAAAACAGCAGGCACCUCAUGGCAUUUUCCUCUACAAAGGUGGCAAGUUCACAGCCAGUUCUCAAAGAACAGUGAUGAGUGAAGGACAAGGUUUCUCCAGAGCCAUACUAGAGAAACAGCAGCUUAUUAUAAGUAGGCAUCAUCCCUCUGCUGAAAGACACCAUGCACUAGGAAAUCAAGUCUCACAAGUGUUCCCAGAUAGCACCAAUACCUCUCAAAGGGCAGGAGUGUCUUUCUCAUUCUCUAAAAAGGUCCCUUUAAAGCUUGAGUCCUCGGCAUCAGUCUUCAGUGAGAACUCUGAAGAAGGAAAUGAUUGUAGUGAGUCCCCCAACCAUAAGAAAAAGCAAGUUAUUGAGGCCUGCCAUUCUGGCACACUUUUGGAGGAAUACAUGAAAGCAAGCUUGGAUAAAGGGUCACCUAUUACACAAGACCAAACAGAUUUGGAUAAUAGUGCAUCAAGUCAUGCAGCUCCAAAACCUAAAAUAGUAAAGGAAAAUGAUAAAAGUAGUGAUAGGGAAUGGGAAGAAAAAGUCAGUGCUCAUGCUUCAUUUUCUAAAGUGAAAAUACAGCUUUCAAAUUUGGAUUUUUCUGGUUCACUGAGAGAAACAGAGCAAGACAGCAAACUGAAUGAAUCUGAGCAAUUCUUAGAAACUCUCAUUUCACCUUCAUGCCAGCCUAGCAAUUUUUGUAUGCAGCUGAAUACCUACAAGCACAGCAAUGCCCACCUGCCUGACCAGUUAUCUGAACUCCCACCCCAGCAAGUGCCUGAGUUGGCACGUUCAAGCAACAUAAAUAACAGUCCUGAACUGGUAAAAAGAGAGAGAUCUUUGGAGAUUUCAGAAAUCAAAAAUGGAAAUAUGGAAACACGUCCAAAGGAGGCCGUGGUUAAAGAAUUUAAGCCCCAGACAUUGCCUUUCCUCCAUGUAGUGAGCAAAGAUGGCACCACUGCUCUGCAGUGGCCCACAGAAUUGCUUUUGUUUACAAAAACUGAGCCCUGUAUUUCAUAUGGCUGUAAUCCAUUGUAUUUUGACUUCAGACUCUCUUUAAAUCACAGAAAUGGUAAACAGCAUGAAACAAACAAAGCAAGCUGUAAAGAGCACUCUAAAAAUAAGACUGCAGAUGAAAAUGAACCCUCAGGUUUAAUAAAACACAGACAAAUGUCAAAUGAACAAGAUAAUCAGUUGUUGAAACCAAAGAGGAUGAAAGGUUCCCUAAAUCCAAGAAAGGCCAAGCAAAAAACUGAGUCAAACAUAGUGAAAGAAGUGAACGAAAAUGGUCAAAAAUAUAUUGCAGAUUAUUUGAAUGAAAAUAUGCCCAAAGUGCCUGCUUACCUUGAUGUGUCACAAAAGGAUUAUUUGACAGAAAAAAGUCUUCAUACAACAAGACUGAGAAGACCUUUAAAGCAUCAUUUUCAUAGCUGUGGAAGAAAAAAACAGAACAUUAGAAAUGAAAGCAUUUCCUUUUCUGCUUUUAUGUCUAGGAUUAAAAAGUCUAAAGCUGCGAAAUGUCAUUUAAUUUAUUCAGAAGAAAAAUGUGAAAACCAAGAUGACUGCAGAUCCAUUCAAGGUGUGGCCAGCUGCAGCAGUGAUAUAAGUGACAGUGGAAAAGACUCUAGUGGAAGUUUCCUUAGUUGUAAAUCCAGUUCAAACAGCAGGAAUUCAGAGAAUGAAGGAUGUGGAAGUUACACAAGAUGUUGGAGAUUCCCGUCUUCUCAGAAGUCCUCCUCUGGCAGACAUUCCAGCUAUUCUGACACUUCAGUUAGCAGUACAAGUACCUGCAUGAGUUACAUGGGUCCCACAUCAAACAAUCACAGCAGAAAUCAUUUGCUCUGUUGUUGUAAAAGAAAAAGCAAGACAGAUGAAAGGCACAAAUGUAAACACAGAAAGCACAAGUGUAUUUUCACAUCAGAUGAUACAGAUGAGGACUAUCUGUGUCAUAGUAGAAGUCACAGAACUAGAAACUGUACUCAGAGGGGCAAAAUUAAAUAUCGAAAAUGUUCAAGACACAAAGUUUUACAACACAGAGGCAGAUCUAAACACAGCAGAUGUAGGCAUCGACAUUUUGGCAAAGCUCAUAGUAGGAGUAGAAGCUACCACAGAUCCAAAAGCUGUUCCACCAGUGAUUCAAGAAGCAGUGAAAGAUCAUCUAGUAGCAGAAUAUCAAGAGGCAGCAGUUCAGGAUCCUUCUCAAAAGAGGCUGACAACUGUGACAACAAAACAAAAGAGGAUGCCAAAAGAGGUUCUAAUGCUGAACCAGGAAAAGCUGAAACUGCACAUUACAAAUCUCUGAAUGUGAAUAGUCAGUCAAAAAACUUUGCCACCUGUUCUUUUGAAAACCUGGCAAAAGACAUAUGUGGAAAAAGGAAAUCACUGACAGCCAAGUUACUUUUAGAAAGAGUGCAGUCUAAGAAAGCCCAGGAGCAAAUUCACAAUUCAGAGAGAUUUUUAAAUAGUAGUAGGGAAGAAUUAAAGGAUCGAUCGAAAAGUCACUUUGCUCUUCAGUUAUCUUCAGUAGAUGACAUUGCAAUGCUACCUUUGCCAGGUAAAAAUGACAUGGAGCAUAAUGAGAUCAGUUUGUUGGAAAAUAGUGUGAAGAAAAACAACUUGGAAGCAUCAGAGAUAACUAACGUUACUAUUUCACCUGGCACUGAUUAUGAUCAUUGUGUUUUUAAAGAUGUAAUUCGAAUAGAAACAGGCUAUCAGAGCCCAAGCAUUAAAAGGAACACAGCAAUAAAGGAACAAUCCAAUCUCUUCAUUAGUGAAGUGCAACCCUUUAUACAAAGCUGUGACCCAGUACCAAAUGAUUUCCCUGGUGCUUUUCCCUCUAAUAGAUAUUCUGUUGUUGCUAAUUCAACAGAGACCAAAGAAGAACUACAGGAUAUAAACAUGGACUCCAGCGGGGCAGAAGGCUGUUCAGACUCUUUUUGUGACAAUGCUAUGCAGAAGUAUGAAGACACAGUAGAUGACCUAGAAGUGUACAGUAAGUCCACCUCCCCUCCUUUAACACAGCAGCCUAUUACAUUUUCACCAGAAGAAGUAGACAAAUACAGGUUGCUGCAGCUGCAAGCCCAGCAGCACAUGCAGAAACAACUUCUGGCAAAACAUCUGAAAGUUUUGCCUGCCCCAGGACCGGCUACCUUCUCUGCAACACCAGCAGUUCCUGCCUUCCCUGUUCAGCAGCAUGCUACUGUCACUACCAUCCACCACACACUGCUGCAACGCUUUGCUGUUUCAGCAUCUCUGCAUCCCCACGGCAGUCAUCUCUCCCUGGCACCCCUCCACCCACUCUCCCAGGCACAUUUUGCCCCCAUAUCACUUUCCCCAUUAGCUCCAGCCUUCAUUCCCACCCACCCUGCUUUGCUGACAGGACACCCAUUACACUUGGUUUCCACCACACCCCUCCACCCUUCCCCUCUGACCUUCCCCACACUACCACACACUGCAUAUAUCCCGGCCUUAUUUACACCACACCUGAACACAGCCACACCUGCUAUACAUCCAAAUCACUUAGUUCCUCCGGUAUUCCAAGGGCAAGAGCCUCAUCACUAUUCUUGCUCUAGCCAGACCCAACAGUUACCUACAACAAAAGAAGUUUUCAGUGUUUCUAGCUACUUAAACUAACCCAAAUGAUUUCACAAUGGCUCCAAAACCAAAUUUAAAUAAAAUAAAGCAUUCCGUGUUCAAUCCCAUGUCUGAGGGGAAAUCUAUUGUUUUUCUGAGACCACAAUGACAGAGAUUUUAAAGUCUGCAAUCUGUCUGACAGUAUAUGAAUGUUGAUUUUAUUCUUGUAUCUCUGAGGAAAAGCUGCUUAAAAGCUUCUCUGUGAUACUAGCGCAAGAAGGAUGGGGUGGCUAGUGUCAUUCUACUGAAUGUUUGGAAAGAAUAGCUUGAAGUGAAGUCUAUGACUCUCAGUAGGAAUGGGACCACAACACCCAGACAUAAUGGGAUUGAGUGUAUCAACAAGGAUGAGGGAUUUAAAGUAGGGCAAUUUAAAGUAGAGCACUCUUGAAACACCUCAAAGAUUUGAUUUUUGUGAGUGUAUAUAUGAGACA